AAAAUGUGUUCCAAUUUGUUGGACUUGAUUGGAGCUGGAGUCUAGUCUGCAACACACCUUUUUAUUUUGAGAAGCACGUUAAUCCUUAAACAGACCAGUGAAAAGAAGAUACACAUCUGCCUUGAAAAUUUCUUCAUGAACAGGAAACGGCAUCUAGCUAGACUUGCAAUUAUCAGCAUACCUAUUUCAGAAUCCCUGUGUGAUGGUGUGUAAGACAUGAUUGCCUAAUGCACCAGCAUCUGAAUGAUUUUUUUCUCAAUGAUGCUUGGAGGUGAACGAUAGUCUGCAACUCAACCAGCAUCAACUACUCUUCCUUGAAAACUGCUCUUGCUGAUCAGCUGCUUCCUCUACAGAUUUGUCAUCUGGAAAUCUCCAACUCUGCAACAUGUCUCAGAAAUACCACUACACAAACACAGGUGAUGACUUUCUGUCACAUCAAGACAUGUAUGCAGACUCAUACCAGAGACAGUCUAAUACAUACAAGCCAAGCAGUAGAUCCUCAUCUCAGGAGCAAACACGCUCUACAACAUCUUCCAACAGAACUGUAGACUCUUCUGUUCACCUACCUGGGAAGGCUUUGUCAUUUCUUCACAGCUGUGGCCUGGACCCGAGUGACCUUGCCCUCCUUGCAGAACUUCCAGAGCAUCUCAUCACAGUUGAGACACUUCCCAAACUACUUUUACAGGUCAAAGAACGUAAAUUGUCAUCAUCUCGGCCCAGCACCAAUCAGCCUCUUGACGAUACCUCAGCUUGUGCCUUUGAGGGUAGCAGCAACCCCACCCCUGUUGAAUAUCCAAUCGCGCGACCUGUGCAUCCAGUGUACCCUCUUCCUCCAGAGCAAGUUCAAACCUGGCAGGAUCGCUGGGGGAAUCCUCGACGAACGAGUACUUUAACCACCAGUAUCAGCUGUUCCAGCAGUAAAAGCAGCACUGUUCCAGACUACAGCCUCUCCACAGACUCUGACCCAUAUUGCAAUACCACAGAAUCACCAGAGCCCUCAUCACAAUCUUUCGUCGAUUCCGGACCGAGGCCUUUACUUUCUCUGAGAUUAGAGCCUCCUGUUAUCACACCUACUAAGAAUGUGGCCUCAGACUUCAAUUGCAAAGUUCCCCCAGCUUUUCCUCAUGUGUGUCAUCUCUGUGACAUUUCUAUCCAUUCUACAAGGGACUGGUUUUUUCAUGUUCGAGGUAGUGAGCAUGCUAAAAGUCAGCUUGAACUUGUGAAAAAGUACCCAAAGUGGGAUCAGACUGUUGAAUCUUCAAGGAAGGAAAGCUUCGAAGUUUACAAAGUACCAACCAGAAAGGAGGCCUCAGACUUCAAUGGCGUCGUUCCCCCAGUUUUUCCUUACUUGUGUGUUCUCUGCAACAUCACUGUCUUUUCUGAAAAGGACUGGUCUGCACAUGUUACAGGUGGUCAGCAUGCACAGAGCCAGCUUGACCUCAUGGCAAAGUACCCAGUGUGGGAUGGGACUGUUCGAUCUUCUAGAAGAAAUGAUGGUAACACCUCAACUGACAUGCGAGAUGGAACCUCAAAAGGAAAAACCUCAGACAUGAUGUCACCGCAAGCGAACGAUGAACCGGGUUCUCGAAUUGUGAGCUUCAAACCGUUACCUGUUGGAGAUGGCAUCACUGCAGAGUUGACAGCCAUUGCUAAACGUUUUGGAUCUGUCAAAAAAUCCUUGUUUCUGCCAAACCAGGGUUAUGUAGAAAUGACUUGUUUAGCAGAAGCCAAGAAGGUGGUUGAGCACUACUCAGUCAAUCAACUGAAAUUAAAAGGAAAAUUAAUUCAGGUCGCCUACUCUUAUGAAUAUAAUUCACUAAGAGAGACAGAAGCUAAUGACAUAAAGCAAUCCAGGCGCUCUCACAAGCAAAGGAGGUCUAGCCCAGGCAUUCGCAGCAUUCAGAGAGACUCUUCUUGUCCCAGGAGAAGACACUCCUCAGAUAGGACUCGCUCUAGCCCUAAGAGAAGACACUCAUCAGAGAGGACUCGCUCUAGCCCCAACAGAAGACUCUCAUCAGAGAGGACUCAUUCUAGCACCAACAGAAGACUCUCAUCAGAGAGGACUCAUUCUAGCACCAACAGAAGACUCUCAUCAGAGAGGACUCAUUCUAGCACCAACAGAAGACUCUCAUCAGAGAGGACUCGCUCUAGCCCCAACAGAAGACACUCAUCAGAGAGGACUCGCUCUAGCCCCAACAGAAGACACUCAUCAGAGAGGACUCAUUCUGGCACCAAGAGAAAACCUUCGGCCGAGAGAACUCAUUCUAGCACCAAGAGAAAACGUUCAGCGGAGAGGACUCAUACUAGCCCAAAAAGAAGGCAUUCACCAGAGAAGACCCACUCUAGUAGGAGUCGCCACGUAAAAGAGGGAGAAGAUUUCCUACAAUUCAUGGAGAGCGCUAGUUCCUCAUCAAAUUCAUGCCAUUCUUUAAGCCCUGUUGUUAAAGCUGAAACUUCAAAAUCAAAUGCAGAUGCAGAAGAAAGGAAAAGUGUAAGCAACAACAAUGUUGGAAGCAUGGAUUCAGACAGUGACCUUGAAGGGUUAGAAGUAAUAGCAGAUGAUGGUGAAGAACUGGCGCAUGACAUUGAUGAUUAUGAGCCUACAAGAAGUGACCAGGAGAAUUUAUCGUCAGACCCAAUGGAUGUUACAGACAUUCAUACAGAGGAAGAAUUAAACACUGGAGAAAAUUCUCCACAUUCUGAUACAUCAGAGACAUCAAACUGUGUAAAGGAGGGCCAAAAGUUACACAAACAUAAAGAACAGGAAAUUAAGGAGGAGGACCAUGAUAUCCCCAAGAUACUUGAAAAUUGUGUGACCUUGGAUGAAUUCACAGAAGAAGAUUUUUCAGAUUGUCAAGAAUCGGAUGAAGCAAAACACUCAAUCCUUCAAACACAGGAAUCAUCAGAAGUUGUAACCAAAUCCACAAAUCCUGUCUCCUAUUCAAAGCAAAGUGAACCUGAAUCGCCCACAGAAGAACCUGAAUCACUCGCAGCAGAACCUGAAUCGCCCACAGAAGAACCUGAAUCACUCGCAGCAGAACCUGAAUCGCCCACAGAAGAACCUGAAUCACUCGCAGCAGAACCUGAAUCACUCACAGCAGAACCUGAAUCACUCACAGAAGAACCUGAAUCACUCACAGCAGAACCUGAAUCACUCACAGCAGAACCUGAAUCACUCACAGCAGAACCUGAAUCACCCACAGAAGAACCUGAAUCACCCACAGAAGAACCUGAAUCACUCACAGCAGAACCUGAAUCACCCACAGAAGAACCUAAAUCACCCACAGAAGAACCUGAAUCACCCACAGAAGAACCUGAAUCACUCACAGAAGAACCUGAAUCACCCACGGAAGAACCUGAAUUACUCACAGAAGAAACUGAAUCACCCACAGCAGAACCUGAGUUACCCACAGCGGAACCUGAGUUACCUACAGAAGGUACCAGCAAAACAACUGCAGAACCCCACACCUCAGAGAUCCUAGAAGAAGCUGCUUUUCAGCUUAAAGAGGAACAUGAAACUGAGGUAUUGACAGAUGAAGACAAGGAAAACUUUGGCAAAGUUCUUGAGGUCAGAAAUCUACCAAGUGCUGAAGACUAUACAGACUUGGAUUUUCUGAACAUCAUAAAGCGAUAUGGAGACGUCAUCCACCAUGUGCUCUUUCGAAGUUGCAAAAAAGGGUUUGUAGAGAUGGCUCUCACAUCUGAUGCCGAGAGAGUCGCAGCGGAUUCGAAAAAUCGAGAUAUUGCACUACGUGGUAAAGUCUUGAAGAUUAAAGUAUCUGAAAACUACUGCCAUCUGCCAGAAGAUGGGUGUAAUAAUGAUGGUUCUGAUUCUGAUGAUGAAGACAUAUCUAAGGAGUCCAAUAAUAAGCAGCAAAGUGAUGAGCUAAAUGGUAACACAGAUUCUUCAAAUGAAACUCUCAAAACAGAUGAGCCAGUAGGAACUGAGUUUGUCCGGCCUGUAGUGGGCUACUUCUGUAACCUGUGCAAUGUCAUCUAUGCCACUGAAGAGGAAGCAAAAGACGGACACUGCAAAAGUCCUUCACAUCGUGAGAAAGUGAAGGAACACAAGGAAAAAUGUGGCUCUGUGAAAAACAGAAAGUGAUGUGUGCUUUAUAAUAAUGCCGUGAGACGAAGCUUUCAAGGAGGUUGAUUCGACAGCCCCCCUGUGCCAGAAGAAAACUGUCCUGGGCCCUGAAGGGAAAGGCUUCCAGUUAUCCCUAUGAGCACAGAAAAAUAUAGACUGGUGUCAGCCUUACCAUCUUGUCAUCAUCAUAUACUGACUUGUACUAUACUUGUGUUUAAUGUGUUUGUCCAUUUUAUUAAUCGUAUGCCAUGGGUGGUUGUUGAAAUGCUUAAACAAUGUCCAACUUAAUACAUAUUGUUAAAAUAUUUUAUAGAUGAAAUCGAUUUUUUUAAUUAUUAAACUAUGUCUGACUAUUUAA